AUCUUGCAUUAAAGAUGAAACUAUCUUGAAAAAUAAAACUAAGGGAGCGUAAGAUUGCACAUUGUGUUUUCUUCAAAACUAGAGAUAUAAUCAAUUCAUCACCCAUUAUAUUUGCUUAAUUAUGUCCUAGUUUUAAUCCAUGCAAUGAUUGUUUCCAUUUAUAUCAGAUCUCAUGCAUUUAACUCUCUCUUUAUUUAAACAGGCAUGAUUUCCAUCUCAUCUCCAGAUUGCUCUCCAUCUGUUUGAAUAAUGGAAGAGCAUAAAACAGAGCCAUGUCCGUCUGAGGCUUCCAGCAUAUCGGCAGAAGGAGAAAGCUUGAAGAAUAAGACGUUGGAUAGCAAAGUCUUAGCAGAGGGUUCCAGGGCUUUCCUUGAUGUCAAACUCUCAAAUGUAGAAGAAGAUAAGAAUUUAGAGCUCAAGCUGUUUAACCCCUUAAGGGUGGCGCCAGAGGGGGAAAGUGAGUCUUCGAAGGAGGAAACUCAAGAAAAGUCUAGGGUUUUCUCUUGCAACUACUGCAAGAGAAAGUUUUCAACCUCUCAAGCCCUAGGAGGUCACCAAAAUGCCCAUAAACAGGAGCGGCAAAUUGCUAAAAGACGGCAGAUGGAGGUUCCGCCUUAUGGCCACCUAGUGCCACCACCACCACAUUAUGGCAAUUUUACCUACUACCCUUCGUUCCCAUAUUUGACUAAUGCCUCAGUCAGCACCAAUAGGUCAUCACUCGGGAUUAAUAAUGAAUCAUUCAUCCAAAGACCCUCUUCCUGGUCAACCUCACAGCUUAAUUAUCCGUUUGCCACAGUAGGGCAUCAUGACCAAUUCACCAUGAGAUUACCCUAUUUUGAUAGGCCAAAGAUGUUGGAGAGUUUUCAAAGAAACAGCACAACCAGUAGUGGCUAUUAUGGUUCUCCGCUAGGAGCAACAGCUUCUUCCUCUUCUAAAUUAGACAGUGGCACAGGAGUGGCUCGCGAUUUUUUUGGAGUUUCUUGUGGAAAUGGCAAUCCAAGUGCUACACUUAACAAGGGAAUUGAAGAAGAAAUUAGUGCCAAUAAUCUUUUGGCACAGAUAGGUGUGGUUCAUCCUGAACACAAUCAAGAUGAAUCCACUGUGGGUCUUGAUUUAAAUCUCAAACUUUAA